AGAGAACUUUUUCAUCGAUUCUAAAAUCCCUAUGCAAGCAUCAGUCGUGUGAGAUAUAUUGGCACUCUAAAUAUUGAUAAUGAAGAGCAUUUCUUGUGGAUAGAAAUAUCGGUCAUUGAAAGAAUAAAAACAUCAACAAAAAUAUCGGCAUGUACCUAUAUUUUAAACCAUGAUCCUACGUUCAACUUUCUUGUAAUCCCUAAUCAGAUAUCGAGGGCUAUUUCGGUAACUUCAGGGGACCAUUUUGAAACAGAGAAAAAGAAGGGAAUGUGGGCUAUAUCGUGGGGGAGGAAAGUGCGAGUAACCGCCUUAACCGUCACUAUUAACAGAGACACUUGCAGAAACUCAGACAAAUUGCAAAAGCUUUUACAUGCAAAACGACUGGAAAAGAAAAAACCAAGGUGUUUGUUCGAGUGGGAGAGAGAAGAGAGCAAACUUGAAUGGAAGGCAAAAGGGAAGAAGGUAUAAGAAAAGGACCAUGGAAAGCAGAGGAGGAUGAAGUGCUUCUCAACCAUGUGAAGAAAUGUGGCCCUAGAGACUGGAGCUCCAUUCGAUCCAAAGGCCUCUUGCAGCGUACCGGAAAGUCCUGCCGUCUCCGUUGGGUUAAUAAGCUUCGACCCAACUUGAAGAAUGGGUGCAAAUUUUCACUAGAGGAGGAGAGGGUGGUAAUAGAGUUGCAAGCGCAAUUUGGGAACAAAUGGGCAAAAAUAGCAACACAUUUGCCUGGAAGAACUGACAAUGAUGUCAAGAACUUUUGGAGUAGCAGGCAGAAGAGACUGGCUAGGAUUCUGCAGACAUCUACAGCAGCAAUCACACCCUCCAAAUCACACAAAAACAGAAGGGAAAUAUCUGUUUACCAUGAUGAGGUUCCUACCUUGGAGGAGUCAGAGUAUAGAGACAAUGCAAAGCACUUUUUUUUCAAAGAGAUUCCAAAGUUCAGUUGUUCAUCAGAGGGAGAAUCAUCAUCUCAGGCUGCAUCAUGCUCAUCACCUUGCAUUGGGAACUCUGAUGCAAUCCAAAUGGUGCCACUCCCAGAUCUUCUUGACUCCAAGUUGCUUGGUUUCGAAGCAAACCCCGUCCAGCAGGAGCUCGCUCUACCUGAGAAUAAUCUAUGGAUUGAAUCCCAACCUCUAAUCCCUUUCCUAGAGAACCCACAACCCCAAACAGACCUCGAAUUCUCAUCUGACACCCAAGAACUCCUGAAACUAGACUUUGACAUGUUCACAUCUCUGGAUGCUGAACUUAGCAAACAACUCGACGUCGAGCCACCGUUUCUUGAGCCAGUAGGAAGCUGUGGAAAUGUUGAAGGGGAAAAGAUUGACAACCCAAUAACCCCGGACUGCGUCUUCGAUGACUUUCCAGCCGACAUGUUUGAUCAAAUUGAGCCGCUGCCAAAUGGCUCAAAUCCAUCUGAUGAUUGAUCGACAAUAACAUUCUAACUUUUAGUGCGCAUGUGGAAAUUGGAGACUGACUGAGUAAAUGUUUCUUUAGCUUGAUAUAUCUACAAGCUUCUACUGGCAUUGUAAUUCUUGUUACUGCCAUUCUCUGUAAUAGACACUGAACUAUUUAUUAAAGUUGACCUAGCUGCCUUUUGUUUGUUGCUCUAAUAUCAUAGUAAACACGAGGUAA